GCGGGCAUCCCUACGCCUAUUCCUCCCAAUCGCUGCAUGCGCUCCCCAUCGCCUCUAGGGGUGUCAGCAUCUAACCUUGGCGUCGUCACUGCUGCCUCCAUAGCCACUGCUUCUAUACGAGCGCGCGCUCAAGAGUUGCGCGCAUGGCCGCCCACACGUACAGUCCUCGGCGCCUGGGGAGACUGCUGAGACCAUCGCUGAAGCUCGUGGGCAGAACUCCAACGCACACAGCGAGACUGACAUGCGCGGUGCACCAAAGCCAGGCAGGCGAGCCCCCGGCAGGUCGACUCAGCAUUCUAUGACGUAUAAUGGAGCCGUGUGAUAGUGACCGCUGUGGUGAAUUCCCAAGUGAACGUCGAUACCCUUUUCAAGCCAUUGGUCACGCCAGCGGUGCGAGGACUGUGCAUGCGGGCCAUGAUGCGGCUGUGUCGCAUUCCGCUGAUCUUCUUGGACUGCGAAGACUUAUUAGUAGUAGUAGUAUCAAAAGGGGGUUGCUGAACAGCUUGGUGAUUGGGGUGGGUCGUCGUGGUCGUCGGGGGUAUUCAUACAAUGCAAGUACGUUGAUCUGCGUGCUGUUUUUUUCAAUUUUCGGGCUCCUGUCAGUGGGGGGGAGAGAGAAAAAAGGCCCAAUACCAAUUAUACCAUGCCUAGCCCUAGUAGUGGCAGAGCCUGCAUUCAGCCGUCGAGAUCAGCAGGCCUCUGUGCCGGCGGCAGAAGCUGACCCUUCGAGCCCGCCGGAGUCGUCACCCUCGGCGAAUAUCUCACGGCCGAAUCCCCCUGUUGCGUGGGGACCACCACCGCCACCGCCACCCCCACUGUCAUCGUUGGUGGGAAAUGAAUCACUCCUGGAGUCCGAGCUGGCGAAGGUGAGAAUACUCCCCGAUGAACUGUUUACGUCGACCCCGACCAUCGCCCUGUUCCACGGCAACACGACGAAGAGCUUUCCAACAACAGGGGACAGUGAUUGGUGCGGGCCCGUCAUCCGCAGCAUCGUGGCUACACCUCUGAACCCGGUCAUCUAUUACCUGCUGGAGGAGGUUUGCGUUAGGGAUGACAAGGUCUUGGAAAGGUUGAUGUCUGUCAGAAAGGCAAAUCUCUCGACGGUAGAGACGGAGCCGAUCAACGCAGAGGAGGACGAGUCUCUCGUCGUGACACAUUGGUGGCCGUUCUCCAUGCAGAAUGGGACGCGCUUCUCUGAGCGCAUGAAAGAGCUGGGAAACGGCACGUCUAGCCAAUGGAUGGCGCGGUUCGAUGGCUUGUUGAUGGCUGCAGAUGGAUCUCAUCUACUCCUACCUACCAUGUCCACGGGAGGAGUGUCGGCGGCCGCAAUCACCUCCCUGUCCUCUGUCGACGGCUCACGCCUGUCGGUCCCCGUGCCCGCUGGGGUGGGAACGCCCUCGUCUUACACCUUAAACCCCAACCAGACAUUGCUGUACAUCACGGUUGCGGGUCCGCCCGUCUGGCUCAUCUCCUCGUCGGUCGGGGACGUCGGGCUCCCGAUUGUUGACGACAACGACACCCCCAUGGGCAAGCGGCCGCUGCAGGGCGCCGGACAGGGCGUUUCCAGCGCGAAGUUCACCUCGCAGAGCGUCAUUUCGGACGGGAGUUGCCUCUACUUCAACGACCAGGGAAGGCAACGCGUUUGGGGCCUCGAUCCCCUGACCUUCAGCACCACUCUCGUGGCUGGCUCGGGCCUCGAUGGCGUCGUCAAUGGCGACGGCUUCAACGCGUCGUUCAAGAUGCUCAAGGAGGUGGCGGCCACGCCGGACGGUUGCGACGUCUUUGUCGUCGAGAACGACGAUCCAGGGCGCGUUCGCUGGCUGAUGCUGGAUUCCCCUUGCACCACAGCCAAGAAGGUGGAGACGCCCCUCGUGUACACGAAGACGGGGCUGGAAAGCUUGGCCCUUCACUACUACGGCAAUCGACUCAAGCUGUACGUCGGGACCACGGACGGCCUCUUGUUCCAAGUGGAAAUCAACAAGUCUAGGCUGCACGGUUGCGCUCUGCCCCAGCCCUCUCCCCCCCCGUCGUCAAGGACAGAUCAAUCCUUCUUCCGAAACGACUCCAAUUCGAAUCUCGUCAUUGCUUUGAGCGUCUUCGUAGUGUUGGCGGUGAGCAUCGGUGCCCUUCUUGGGGGUCUGUUCUGGCGCCGAAGACGGCGCCGCCGGGCCCGAGGUCACGAACACCAUCAGCCGUCGUCCUUCGCGGAGGGUCGCAGCUCGUCAACUCCCGGUGGUGCGUCUACAGUGACCACUUCCAAGACGACACCCACGUCGUCGUGGGGGAGUUACUGUGCUUCCCACCCACCUCCCACCUCCGAACUGGCACUCAAGCCCUUUCACGUGAGACAGUUCGAUCUGGCAAUACUGGAGCGUUGCACGGACAACUUCCAUCCGAGACGCAGGAUAGGGGAGAAGGGGGCAUUCGGCGAAGUGUACAAGGCGUGCUUGGGGGGACAUGGCAGCAACAAGGAGGAGGGCCUGGAGGAGGGACAGCAGCAGGAGGAGGAGGAACAGCAGGAGGUGGAGAUGAUGGUGGCCAUCAAGGUGAUGACGGGGGAGCUCACGAAGACGAAGAGGAAUCAGUUCAUUGCCGAGGUCAACACUCUGAGCCACAUCAAUCACAUCAACCUGAUUGAACUGAUCGGCUACUGCAUGGAGGGCGAUAGGUCCAUCUUGGUGUAUCCGUACUAUCGAGGAGGAAGCCUCUACGAGCGCCUGCACGGCUGGCAUAAGAAGCAGCAGAGCACUGUAGGGUCGCACGACAAGCCUCGUUUCCCCGGCCGGCCGUUGACUUUGGAGGAGCGCAUGUGCAUCACCUUGCAGAUUGCUCAGGCCUUGAGCUACCUGCAUGGCAACGUCAGACAACCCAUCCUUCAUCGAGACAUCAAGAGCGCUAACGUUCUCCUUGGGGAUGGGGAGGGAAAGACGCUUCACGCCGUUCUCGCGGAUUUCGGCCUGGCGACCAUCGGCGAGAGAGUCUUCGGCACCGACCACCAGCAAAUGAUUGCGACCUCGCACAUCGGUGGCACCUUCGGGUACAUGGCGCCCGAGUACAUGAUCAAAGGGGAGCUGUCCGAGAAGAACGACGUGUACGCUUUCGGCGUGCUGGUUCUCGAGAUUUUCUCGGGGAGGAAAGUCGUCUGGCCGGCCGCUGCCGGCCCUGGGUGGCAGACGCUCCGCGAGUGGGUUAAGCCGUUCCUCAGCCGUAGUAGGGACGACGACUCCCUGUCAGAGACGGUGUCGGAGGAGACUCGGACUCAGACUCAGACACGAACUCCCAAUGUCGUGCAGACUCCAACUCAGGAUCAGCCUGAGGUGCAGACCCGGAAUCAGACUCGGAAUCGGAAUGAGUGCAAAGAGCAACUGCCUGUGGUUGACAUGCUCAAGUCUAUUCUGGACCCUUGUGUGAAGGAGGAGGUGGUCGAUACCCUGACCAUGGAUAUGGUGACAGGUACGCUACGGAUGGCUUGGGAGUGCGUCAGCAUGGAAGAUGUAGAGAGACCCACAAUGCUCGCAGUUGUUCGCCGACUUCAAGGGGUCCUGGAGAGAGGGAAGAUCAUCAGCAUCUGACAAAACACGCCAGUCAUCGAAAACGAAACGAGUGCAUCUGCCCAGGAAAGGUGGCAAAAUGCACUCGUUACUAUUUAUAGCAAACCGAUGAACCUGGCCUUUUUCUGCAGGAAGAUGCAAUCGUUUCGUUUUUCGUUUCGUGUCCCGUGCGGCGACGCCCUGUUACCAUGAAUGCAUACCAACGGUCCAACCGGCUCCAACGGGUGCAUCUUACCACUUUAGUUUUGUUUUCCUUUUUUUUUAAAUAAAAAUAUGACUCUAAUCAUCGUCUAAGGAGCAAUCAGUCCGGUUCCUUUCCACCCGCAAGUCAUAUACCCAGAGAAAUGCCCCCGCUUAGUUGAGCCCAAGAGGGUCCAGGGCCCAGUUGUUUUGAAAGCGAAGGGAUCAGCAUCCGCCAAACCGCAAAGAGCAAGAGCUGGUGAUGUGAGCAUCUGCAAAACCGCAAAGAGCAACAGCUGGUGAUGUGAUACUAGAGUUCAUCCUUCUGGUGUCGAAAUUGGCCAGCCAGAAG